GUUUUCCUUUUCCUGGUCAGUCUGUCUUGAACGGUCACGAGCGAUUAACGUUAAACAAGUUUUGACCGUAGUGAUAUUAUGUACUUUAUCGACGUAAACGUGAUCAUGUUAUUGUUAUUGUUAAAUGUCGUUUUAAUGUGUAGGUGCGCAAAUGGUGACGAUGACGAUUUUAUUAUGUAUCCCGAGGACGAUUUCAGACAUAGCAACCGUUAUCAUCAUCCCCACGAGUCCACAUUUCAACAUAGUCCCGAAUUUCAUCGUAAUCACCCCAAUUUACCAUAUCCUGGGCACAGUUAUCAUUACCAUCAUAACAAUCACCACCACCAUCAUUCCCAUAAUUUUCCCCCCGAAGAAAAAGUGAGCACCUCUAACUUAUCUUCGAUACCUUUAGAGUUUAUUUUGAAAUACAACAACUUCAAUGAAGUAAACGACAUCUUACACAACUUAGUCGAGGGAAAUAUCCAAGAAAAGAAUGGACCAAUUUUAUUAGAAAGUCGAUUUGGAGACGAACGCAACGCUGCUGUGGUACCAAAAGCUGCAAACUGUAUGCCGGAAUUACAAACCGUCCAGAUAGCACCCACAGACGAUCCAAGUGUGAUAUAUAUACCAUCAUGCACCAGAAUAGAACGAUGCGCAGGAUGUUGUACACAUAGUUUACUAUCAUGCCAGCCCGUAGAAACGGAAACAGUUAGCUUUCAGUUGUUCAAAACGCAAUUCCAAGGGGGGUCCAAGCUGAAAUUCAUGAGCAAAGAAAUUGUCACAGUGGAAAAACACACAAAAUGCAAAUGCAGUUGUAAGGUGCAAGCCAAGCACUGUAAUAAAUUCCAAGAAUAUCGUAGUAACGAGUGCAGCUGCUCGUGCACCAAUCGAGACGAAGAGAAAAAAUGCGACAAGGACAGUUCCCUUAAGCUGUGGAACCCCGAAAUAUGUGUAUGUCAGUGCCGUAACAUUGUCCAAUGUUCGACCGGCUACCAGUUCGAUACACUUAAAUGCAGGUGUACGCAGAUACUGCUUCGAAGGAGAUACGCGGAGCUGAGUCCGAGCGAAUCUAAUCCCUCCAAGCCUCAACCAUUACCAGUUUUACCUAUGCAAGAUGAGGAGGAUGAAAAAAAUUAAUGCUUUAUUAAAUGUUAGUUGUAACAUUGACACAAAGUAGAAUAGUUUUAAUUUUAAAUGUACAAUCCGAACUGUGGUAUUUGAAAUGAUUAACCAGACAUUAAAUGAUAAUUGUAAUUAUUGGUCAA